UGCAGUUACAGACACUAGAGCAGCGUAAGAGGAGCAUUAAAGGAUUUCUUUGGUCUGACUUCUCUGCAGUUUGUCAAGUAAAGAUGGUGCGAACUGCCCUGUUCCUGCUUCUGCUCAACACCUCGGCCUGCUGUGGUUUCGGCUUUAAAGGCUGCGCUCAGGACUUUGACGAUAUAGGCACCAUGUGGUGCUCCAAACAGAACAUCGCAAACCUCUCUGAUGUCAUAAACUCAAUCCCAGACAACAUAACAAUAAUCAAUCUGUCCAAGAACAAAAUCAGAGUCAUCCCACCUGGAACAUUCAGUCAGAUGCUUGGGCUCAAAAGUCUGGACCUGAGCCAGAACCAGCUGGUCUCUCUUAAAGGAGGAGAAUUCAGAGGCCUAAGUGUCCUGGAUUUUCUCAACCUUACCUGCAACAACAUCUCACACAUCCACCCCAAUGCCUUUGAUGGGCUCACCAAGCUACGAACCCUGCUUCUGAUCCACAAUAUACUGGCAACAAUCUCUCCUGGUAUCUUUAACUCCCUCCCAGCAAUUCAAGAAGUCAAUCUGUCCCUGAACAUGCUCAAGGCUUUCAGCUGUGGGGACUCAGGUGGAUCCUCUACUCUUCGGCAGCUCGAUCUUCUCGCCAACAACAUCCAGAGCUUGAAUGUGAGCUGUUUCCCUGCCCUCGAGUACAUCAGGUUGUCUAACAACUCAAAGCUGGAGCUGCAGGCAGAUGUUUUUGCCUCUAACCCCAGGCUAAAGAGUUUGCUGUGUCAGGGAGUUAAAGCAGAAGUGCUGGCGGGACUGUCGGCGGAGACAAAGAAGAAUCUUUCUUGGGUGGCAUUUUCUCUGUUUGUGGAGAAAUCUCCAUUGACUAUCUGUGGAUUGCUGAAAGGAAUGGACCGACUUCAGAAAAUUAUGGUUGACUUGAAGGGAUCAAGAUUAUCUCGGACUAACUUCAGCCUGCUGGACUGUGAAGCUCCACCCGAGGUCUUUAUUGCAGAUGCAAACCUUGGGAAUGUUGCUCAGAUGUCGCUCGGUAGGGGGAAUAUGAGCAGACUUUAUCUCAUCAAUUGUGGGUUGACGCAGAUAUCUCAUAUUACAUUUGACGGUUACCGAGGACUGAAGGCGCUGCAGCUGAAUCAAAACAAGCUUGACAUUCAGCGGGACGCAUUCAAAGGCCUGACCAACCUCAGGUUUUUAAGCUUUGACAGAAGCGAAGUGUGUGACAUCGAUCCCAACUGGUUCGUCCCUCUAAAGAAGCUGACUGCUCUGUCUCUUAUGAAAAAUGAAAUCACUAAGCUGCCACCAAAUGUUUUCAGUGCCCUUACUAGACUUGAGGGGCUCUACCUGCAGUUCAACCUGCUGAAAUACAUCACCAAGAAGCCCUUCAGUAAGCUGCGGAGGCUAACGAAGCUCAACCUCAGCUUAAACAUCAUUGAUUUCAUCGAAGGUGGCACCUUUGAAGACCUGACGAGGCUCAAGUACCUGGACUUAAGCGGGAAUCGCCUGAAGAGGCUGACACCAUAUAUUCUAUCAGGCCUGAUCAAUUUGAAGCAAUUAGUUCUGUACAACAACCGCCUGCAUUUUAAAUCCAACGAAGCUCCUUUCAUCAACCUUACUUCUCUGGAGUUUCUGGAGAUGAACUACCAGGGGCCUGGAGGUCAAGGCAUUGGUGUCAUUGGGUCACAGUUUUUCCAAGGUCAAGGUCGACUUAACUCACUCCACAUUGGGAACAGCAUCGUGCUCGACUUCAGUCCUGACGCCCUUGUUCCUCUGGUCAAUUUGAAACAGCUGUACAUAGGUGGAGUGACUAUGAAAACAACCAACCUGAGUGCAGUGUUUUCCCCUCUUAAAAGUCUGAAGAGGUUGAUUCUUUUCAGGGCAGACCUUGAUGCUCUGCCUGCCAACCUGAUGCCUCCAGACAAUUCACUGGAGACUCUCAAACUCCCGUUUAACCACCUGCACACUGUGGACAAAAUGACGCUGGAUUCUCUGCCAAGAUUACGUAUUUUGGACGUUAGUGAAAACCCACUUACCUGUACCUGUGAUAACGCCUGGUUCAAGAACUGGGCCAUCCACAACACUCAAACACAGGUGUCCUACCUGUACCAACUGCGGUGUAACAAAAACAGGAGCUCUUCCUACAUGUGGCAGUUUGACGAUAAGGCCUGCUCCUAUGAACAGGCUUCUUUCCACCUCUUCAUCAGCUGCUCUGUAGUGGACGUGUUGUUUGUAUUCGUGUGUCUGGCCUGGCACACACAGGGCCCCACUCUGCGCUACCUGCUGCUCAUCCUCAGGGCAAAAAUACGUGGGCGUAGGGGGGCAGCAGGGGCCAAAUUCCAGUAUGAUGCAUUCAUCUCCUACAGCUCUGAAGAUGAGGCCUGGGUGAUGGGAGAGCUGGUGCCAAAUCUAGAGAGGCCUGCUGCUGGUGCACACAGGCUCAGGCUGUGCCUCCACCACAGAGACUUCCGCCCUGGCGCUGCUGUUCUGGAGAACAUCGAGGCGGCCAUUUACGGCUCUCGCCACACCAUCUGUGUGGUGACACGUCACUUCCUAAGAAGCGAGUGGUGCUCUGUGGAGUUUCAGCUGGCCAGUCUGAGGCUUUUGUGUGAUGGCAGUGAUGUUCUGCUGCUGGUGUUCUUGGAGGAGAUACCUGAACACUGUCUGUCUCCCUACACACGCUUACGCAAGAUCGUACGUAGGAAGACCUACCUGCUGUGGCCUGAGGAUCCACAGGAGCAGGGUGCUUUCUGGGUCAGACUGAUAGAUGCUUUAAAAGACAAUGAGGAGGAAGAGGAGGGAGGAGGAGGCGGAGAACAUGACUUGGCACGGCUAAUUGGCUAGACCAAAUGCUAACUAUGUCAACAUGCCCAUAAUUAUCAUUUCACUGUCUGCUAAGUCUAAAGUGAAUUGUUUCAGUAACAAUUGAAUUUACAGAUGGUUAACAACACAAAAUUAUAACCAAUAAAUAUAAUAGGAAAUUAUAGUACAGGCAUUAAUCAGUAAUGACAAAGCAAAAAACAAUAUGUAAUGAUUGUGUUGUCGCAUUUUGAAAAGGAUACAUGGCUAGCUGUUUCUAAACAAUGUGUUGCGAAGCUUCAAAGUGACUUACCAUCAUUGCUGCCCAAGUCAAAUGUGCUCCCACGAUGCAGCAGGGUACUUUCCCUGAGGAGCUUUUCAAGACCUCUUCAUUGUAGUGUGCAUUGCUUCUGUGAUACAUGCAGUUGGUUUCCACGUGAAAAAUGAAGACUUGGCAACUUUCAUCAUUUCAGUGUAAUUACAUUUCUGUUGCUUGUAAAAUGUCU